AUGGGCUUGCUGGAGCUCCUUAGGGGUCAGAAAGUCCUCCUGCUCGAAGCUGGCGACAACAAGGACAGAAAUCUGCGCGUCGGUGGGAGGCAAUGGUUAAACACGCGGUGUUGGAGGCUCAUCUGUACUAACUUCGGCAUCUACACCUUUGGCGCCCGGGACGGAUAUGACGAGUGGACAAGGAUCGUUGGCGAUGAUCCUUCUAACUGGAAACACAUCCAGGCCUGGUUUAAGAAACCAGAGACUUUCCAUGACGAGCUUCCAGCGGGAGUUGAUAAGAAAUAUGUUGCCCCGAAAAUGGGUGAUCACUGUACAUCGGGGCAUCUUCACGUCCGGUUUGCUGACUCGCACCUACUUGCCAACUCGCCUUUUCAGUGUGUCAUCUUAGAAAGAGAGAAAGUCGUAGGUGUAGAGUCCAAUAACAAGUGA